UUUCUGAGUUAUUAACACAGAAAUCUGUGCUAAAUAAUACUCAGAAAUUCAGAAUGUUUAUAUUUGUUAACAUAAAAUUUCUUUAAACUCUUUCCUACAUUAUUGUGGAACAAUCACAUUUCAAAUAUGUCUCAAGGGAGAAAUUGGAAUGGACCCAGGCGAGAUCCAUCAUGGGAGUCUAGUGGAAAGAGAUACACUAUUCAUAAAAGACACCCACCCGGCUUGAAAGGCAAAGAUAUUGGUCUUUUCUAUAAAAACCAAACGAGGCAGCGUGGUAAAAAGAUAAAGGAAUUUAAAUUUACUUUGAACAUACCUAAAACUAUAGUUACUAAAUUAAAAAAUAAACUAGAAGUUAUAGCUAAACUUACAGUUCAUAACAUUUCAAAAAAAGAAGUUAAAGUUGAGAAUGAAAUAUCAUCAAAAGAAAAUGCAGGGUUUGAGUUAAUUCAGCCAAAAAAGGAAUUGCCCGACAAUGAUGAUAAUAACCCUAAAGGUCCUCUAUCAUGUAAAGAGUAUAGAGAUGACUGUGAUAUAUUUAUUAAACCAGAAUCUAAAGGUCCUCUAUCAUGUAAAGAGUAUAGAGAUGACUGUGAUAUAUUUAUUAAACCAGAAUCAGUAUCAGUACAUAAUGAUGAACCAAGUUCGUCUAAAGCUUCUGACUUCAUACCAAUCCCAACAGAAUCAAUAGCAAAAGAAGAUAAGUCCAGAAUAUUGGCUCUUAGAGGUGCUGGUGACUAUAAGUAUGGAUAUGAAGAUAUCAUCACCGGAACUUUUAAUGAAAAACUUGAGGAAUGUCUUUCUAAUGGAAUAAAAAUAAAUGAAAAAAACAGUGAGAUCAAUGACCUUAAUAUUGCUUUAUAUGAAGAUUACAAAGUCAUGGUCAAUCGAGCAAAUUAUAAAAGACUAAUGCAAUUUAGGGAGAUCUUACCAACAUACAAAAAGUCAAAAGAUCUCCUCAAUAUUAUUCAUGACAAUCAAGUAGUUGUAAUUAGUGGAGAGACAGGUUGUGGAAAAUCUACACAGAUACCUCAAUUAAUUCUAGAUGAUGCUAUAAUAAACAAAAGAGGCGCUAACAUAAAGAUCCUAGUCACUCAACCAAGACGUAUUGCAGCACUGUCUCUAGCUACAAGAGUUGCUGAAGAGAGAGCAGAGAAAAUAGGUUCAUCUGUUGGAUAUGCUGUUAGAUUAGAAAAAGAAGAUUGCAGAAAACGUGGCAGUAUAAUGUAUUGUACUACAGGAAUACUUCUGGUGGAUUUAGAGAUUAAUCAAGGCAUGACUAAUUACAGUCAUAUAAUACUGGAUGAAGUACACGAAAGAGACACACACAUAGAUUUGGCCAUGUGCAUGUUGAAGGAGAUCCUUAAACAGCGCAAGGAUUUGAAACUAAUACUUAUGAGUGCUACAAUUGAUGCGGACAAAUUAUCAUCCUACUACGACAACUGCCCUAUGAUGCACAUUGAAGGUUUGGCAUAUCCUGUUAAAGACGUAUAUUUGGAAGAUAUAUUACAAUUAACAAAAUACCAACUACCUGUUAAUAAGAAACUGGCUUCUAGAGGCUGGUAUAAUAGUAAGAGGGAAAGUAAACGUUUUAAAUCAAUAGACGAAAAGGAAAUCCAACACAGAGCAGAAGUUGGCCCGUGGCUGGAAUCUAUAAGGCAUAAAAUUAACGGUAAUGUUUAUAGGACCUUGUUGGAUUCUAGAAUAGAAAUUUUCGAAAUAGAUUUGAUUUUUGAACUACUUUUACACGUAUGCAAAGGUGAUCCAGGUGCAAUCCUCGUAUUUCUACCUGGUAUUGGAGAUAUAACGAAACUCAUAAAACAAAUGAGCAUAAGUGGGGCUUUUCCCAACUCGCGUUACAAUAUUUAUCCGUUACAUUCCAAGUUGUCUUCUCUAGAACAACGCCAGAUAUUCGAGAGACCACCACAGCAUAUAAGAAAAAUAAUAAUAGCAACAAACAUAGCUGAGACAUCUAUAACAAUAGAUGAUAUUGUAUAUGUAAUUGAUUGUGGUAGGGUCAAAUGUACCGGACUAAAUGUAGAGACUAAUAUUUCUACGCUACAAAUAGAGUGGGUAUCACAAGCAAAUUUGCGUCAAAGACGAGGUCGCGCUGGUCGAUGUCAGCCUGGUAUUUGUUACCAUCUUGUGACCUCGUAUCGAGCAAGUAAACUGCCAGAACGUUUCUUGCCGGAACUUCAGAGAAGUAACUUAUUAGAGCCAGUAUUGUCUAUUAAAAGGUUGAGGUUAGGAAAAGCAGCUGAUGCACUGAAAUUGGUACCCGAUUCACCAGCAAGUUCAACGGUUGAGUGGGCUGUUAAACAUUUGAGGCAAUGCGGGGCAUUGGAUGAAGAAGAGAGACUAACACCACUGGGUUGGCACUUAGCACGGCUGCCUCUGCAUCCGUCAGCCGGCAAGCUGCUACUCCUCGCAGCACUGUUCGGAUGUCUCGACCGGGCCGCCAGUCUCGCCGCCAUCUGGAGCUUCAAGGAUCCUUUCCUCUUGGUCAUAGGUAAGGAACGAGAAGUGGAGGCAGCUAAACAUGAACUAGCGUUGGGCGAGCCUAGCGACCACGUGGCGAUGUCAGAAGCAGUUUUGCGGUGGGAAAACCUCCGAGGAAGAGAUGCUCGUGACUUCGCUUACCAAUACUUUUUGUCUAUCAACACUCUAGAACUCUUAAGCGAUAUGAAGAGACAGCUAGGCGACAAUCUUAGAAACAUGGGAUUCCUUCCCUCAGGCAAUGUUAAGGCGUCGUGGGAGAACCGGAAUGCAGAUAACAUAAGUCUGUUCAAAGCGAUAGUUGCUGCUGCAUUGUAUCCUAAUAUAGGAGCUGUCGGAUGGGUAGGCAUACGUGGGAGAAACGCUUUUAAAAAGCAAAUAAGGAUUAAAGUCAAAACACCAGAAGAUGGGCCUGUACAGUUACACCCCAGCAGUAUCAUGUGCCCGCCGCCUCACAAAAUGGGCCCUAUUCGCAUUCUAUGUGACAAGCCUGGCGCUAACUGGCUGGUGUAUCUCCAAAAACAACAAUCCACGAAACUCUAUCUACUCGAUGUUACACUAGUUUAUACCUUGCCGUUGCUGUUCUUCGGCGAGUUAAAAGUGAUUGAAGAAGGAACAGAAGAACUAUGUGAAAUGAUAAUAUCAACUUAUAAAGUACAAUGUGUGCAAGAGACAGCUGAUGUGCUUUUUGAGCUGAGAAAACUGCUGGAUCAAGUUCUGGCAUCCAAGAUCAUGGUAAAUAGUACCCACGCGGAACAUCACAAUGAAUUUGAAGACGAAGUAAUAAAGGCACUUGUGGAACUGAUUACAGCUGAAGACGAAGGUGCUAGUUAUUAUCAUGACGAUGGUGAUGACACUGCAGAAUCUGAUACAUCGGAGUGCAAUGUUGAUAGACGCCAUUGAAAAUUAUAAUAAAUAAAUGCUACUCAACAAC